CUACCAACGCCCCUUAAAGGCGCCGCCGACGCCGCCCGAGUCGGGGCGAAUCAGUUCCUCGGUUCCUGCCCCAAACUGCGGCAUGGAGUCGUCCCGGGGGCGGCCUGGGCCCGAGGCGGACCUUCUGGCUCUGGGGGAACAGCAAGCCGCGAUCUUCGGCGGUGGGCUGGGCCGAGCACCCUCUGCGCCGCCCUCAGGCCUCCCGGUGUCCGGGCAGGAAGAGGCCGAGAACGUUGGGGGCGCGAGUCACCACCCCGCGGCGUCCCCGAAGACUUCGAGCCGCGGCGCCGUCCACCGGGCCGAGCGGGAGGCUCGGGACUACGAGCUGGGCCGCGGAGGGACGCUGUCCGCGCCGGGGAGCCGCCGGGGGGCGCCGGGUCCGGAGCCCGACCCGCACGGGUCCUCUGGGUGCCAGGACCCUGAGCCGCCGGAGGACGAGCCUGCAUCCGAGAGGGGCUGCCGUCGAGGGAGCCCGGGAGGCAGCGGGAUGGAGGCUGAGCCGCGGGAGGAAGACGAGGAGGAGGAGGCGGCGGCGGCCGGCAGGGCUGGCCGCUCGUUCUCCAGCCGCCUUCAGGACAGCCGCAGCCUGGACGGGCUGAGCGGGGCAUGCGGCGGCGCCGGGUCGGCAGGGGGUGCCGAGCCUGGCGCGGGCGGCGGGCGCCGCGCCACCAUCUCCAGCCCCUUGGAGCUCGAGGGCACGGUGAGCCGCCAUGGCGACCUCACCCACUUCGUGGCCAACAACCUGCAACUCAAGAUUCGUCUGAGCGGCGCCCCUCAACCCCCGCCCCCUGCCCCGGCGCGGCCCUGUGCAAAGCCCGCGCCCACUCCGGCCAUCCCCCCCAUCGACCCCGACGUGCUGCGGGACCUGGAGCGGCUGAGUCGGGAGCUGGGCGGCAGGGUGGACCGUCUGCUGCGCGGGCUGGGUGGCGCGGUGCAGGAGCUGACCGCGUUGAGCGUGGGCUGCAUCCAGACCUACCGCGACGCCGUGGACUCCCUAGGCGAAGCGGUGGACAUGAGCAUCAAGGGCAUGUACACCCUGCUGGCGCGCUGUGAAGAGCUGGAGCGGGCUCUGCAGCCAGUUCAGGGGCUGGCGCGCCAAGUCCGGGAUAUCCGACGCACCCUGGAGGUGUUGGAGGCCUUGUGCAAGUGACCGGGAGGGCAGGAGUGGCCAAGCCAGGGCCCAGCAGGAUCCUAAGGACUCUUCAAGGAGCCCUGGUGGGAACUGCCCGCUGAGGGGAGGCCUAUGUAUUGGAGGCUCUUCCAGACGCAUUUAGCAGGUCUGCGACCACUCGCUGGGCCUUAUUCAGGUGUAUAUGGGGGAAGUUCUGAAGCCUCUCCUGGUGGGAGGGGAUGAUGCUCUGCUUCUAUUAAGUUGGCCAUCUGUAGCGACCUUGUUCUCAACUCUCUUCUCCAGCGAGAGCACCAUCUCUGGGAACCCAGGGCUUUAGGUCUCGGCUUGGGAGACAUGACUGCCAUAUGCGGUCAAGAAAGGAGAACAGAAGAGGCUCCAGCCCCGACUGUGGCCACCCUGACUCCAUUGGCCACAUCUCAGGUGCCAGGGGCUGUGGGAGCUUGAGUGGUCCUUGGCCACAGGCCAUGCAGACAAGGAUGCACACCUGCAGAUGGAUAACUCCCUGCUUCUGCCCUCUGGCCCCCUACCAUCCCCCCUUCCCCAGCCAGAACUGGGGUGGAACUAGAAGGAAUGCAUUGCAUGGUAGAGGGGGUGAGGUGGGAGGGGUCUCACUGCUCUCAGGGUUCAGGCAGAAUUGUUGCUGGUUUUGAAGUCCACCUGUUGUGGAGUGUUCUAAUCAGUUUUGGCUUUCCGAGUUUUUGUGGAAUUAAAGUGCUGCUGCUAAGGC